GAGUGACGCGGCCAUAUUUGCCGGUGCUGCUCCGCUGUAAACAAAAAGUGUCUGAGACGGACGCUCCGCUGAUUUUAGGGACAAUUUUAUUUCUCUCAUUUAUUAUCUCUUCAGGUAUGUCUUACAAACCCAAUCUCCAUCAACACCUUCCGGGAACUUCUGGGAACCAAGGAAACAUUCCCUCUCCGUCUUCAAUGGCAACAAUACAGUCAUACAAGCCAUUUCUAAAUGACUUUGGGCCGCCUUCGUUGGGAUUCCCACAGGGUCCAAAUGGGAGCCAAGUACCUCAGAGUAAAUAUGCUGAACUCCUCGCCAUCAUUGAAGAACUUGGGAAAGAAAUAAGGCCAACAUAUGCAGGGAGUAAAAGCGCCAUGGAGCGACUUAAAAGAGGAAUCAUUCAUGCCAGAGGGCUUGUUCGUGAGUGUCUGGCGGAGACAGAGAGAAACGCCAGAUCCUAGCGAUCUCUCCAUACGGCUGAAAGAACUGUGUCACACGGGAGUCAUGCAUGCCUCUACUGUGAAGGGAUAAAACAAUCAAAAAACGGAGCAUUUAUGUUACGAGUUGCGCUUUUCAUCUGCGGUUUGGAGGGAAUAAGGCACCAUUCAGAGAAUAUAUCUUCUGAUUUAUAAAUGCAAGAGAUCCAGAACUGUUGCCAUUUGAGGUCUUUUUAAAAUAUACAUUUCAUUUUCUUUGACCACAUAGUAUCUUUAAGAGCGAAUAAGCAAAAAUGCAUGCAAUCGGAUGAAAGGUCCCACAUUAGAAUCUGCAUGGCUUUUACAGGUUAGACUAGGUUUGUGCUUUUAGAAAUAGGUCUCAGGAUAAGGUUGAGUAUUUUUUCUUUGGACGCACUAAUGAAUAGGUGAGUUUUCUUUUAAUCGGGGUGAUGCUGAAAAGUAUUGUAGUGAUGCCAUUACUUUAGUCUUUAUUUGUAUUUAUUACCUUGUGUAAUACAAUGUAUUUUCAUGUAAAGACAAAAAAGGUCACUCUUUGGAAUUUUGUAUAUCUGUCAAUAAAUAUGACAUUCAUUGUAUAUGAAA